CUCAGAUUGUUCUCUGUUUCAAGGAACAAUGGAUUUAUUAUAACCUAAAAGGAAAUACAGCGGGAGCAGCAACUACUAUGACAGAUGGAAAGUCCCUCCUUUGAUCCAAGCCCUCAUUUGCCGGGAAGUCCAAUUUACUAUCCACCAACCAAUGACUUUUGACAUAUCUAUGAAGCUUGGUCAACAGUGCUUGAUGGACAAUAACACAUGUGGUGCUGCGAAGAACCCAAACCAAUCUGGCUGCAGAGUUAUAGGUUUUAUUCUGUUGGCUCGAGGGGCAAUGAUAGUGACGAACUGUGACCGACUCUUUGGGAAGUUCAGGGAUAACUCUACUCUCUCUUUAGAACUUUAACGAAGAAGAAGAACGCAGCGGCGCCUUAAGUCACCGCAG